UCCUUUGCUACGUGGGGAAAAACCCAGAAUUUUCAGGGCAGUUUCUCUCAUUGAAGUGAAGCAGACCAAAGAGAUACGACACAGAAUGGGAAGCAGCAGUGCGCAUUUUUCCUUGUGAUGAAGAGAGACGUUAAAACAUGACUGCUCGAACCUACCAAAACCUCUUUCUGAUGUCUGUCCCUUUAAGUGCCCAUCUGUUCUCAAGUGCCUGCUACCAACACCCCUUCUGCCAUGUGGCUAGAGACACGCUGGAAGAACAUCCGCCAAACCUUGCUGCUUCUGUUCACCGCUGCUCUUCUGAUCGGGGUCACCAUGUUGGCCAUCUCCUCUAACAUCAACCCAGUAGGCUAUUUCUUCCUUGGGGUAGGGGGAGUGUGCCUUGUUGGCUAUUUGCUGAGUGUGUUUGUCGAGUGUUACCUGAGGAAUCAACACCGGCAUGACGCAAACGAAGUACCUCCAAACAGGCAGAGCCAAGCAGGGGUGAAUGCUGCCUAUGAAGCACCCACCUAUGAGGAGGUGAUGACCAUGUCAGCUCCACCAAUAUGGACAAUUACAUCCAACCCAGGCUCUGUGCCCUCGCCGCUGAGCGAGCCUCCCCCGUACAACGUUGUUAUUGAAUCCUCUGCCCAACAAGAGAUGAUGGUGGAGGCUCUCUGGGGGCCAGUGCCACCAGACAGAAUGUACACCUCUGAGACAGACACGGGCUCCAGGACGCAGCUGCAGCUGGUGCUGCCCCCAAGACUGCAGCGGUUUGUUUCAGACAUCCAUGAGGAGAAAGAUGUUGAAGAAAGGUUUGAACCACUGGAGCCACUCACUCCACCACCUGCUUACGAGACUGCCAUCAGUGAUGAGGUCUUUGAGGAUGCUCACCAGCCCUCUGCGUUAGGACUGAUUUCACCUUCCACGAAUACAGAGCCAAACCCUCACCCCAAUACAGGAUGCUCCUAGAGGGAUGGUAAAAUGGCUGAUAAUGUUUUGCCUAAACAUUUGUCUCACCCUUCUUUGAACCAGAGUUGAACUACAGCCACAGGUGAUGUUACUAGAAUCUUUUUGCACAAAAUA